UCCAACUAAUACCAUUUCUACUAUAACUUUGGAUAUCUUCGUAGUGUUUUCUCUGUGUUCUUCCGCUACUAGUGUUUUCUACAUAGAAAGUGAUAAUAUUUUCGUAAUAACCAGCACAAAAUGGAGCCGAAAAGGGGAGCUUUAGAAGUUGGAGAUGUUGAUGAAGAGAAAUGGGUUUAUGAUUCUUCUGUGGAUCACAAAGGACGGGUUCCUCUUCGAGCUUCAACUGGUGUUUGGAAAGCCUCCCUCUUUAUUAUCGCAAUUGAGUUCAGUGAGAGGCUGAGUUACUUUGGGAUAGCAACAAGCCUGAUAAUCUACCUGACCAAAGUGAUCCAUCAAGACCUCAAGACAGCAGCAAGGAAUGUGAACUAUUGGUCUGGUGUGACAACUCUUAUGCCACUGCUUGGAGGAUUUGUAGCCGAUGCUUACUUGGGCCGAUUCUCAACUGUCCUUGUUGCAUCCGUCAUUUACCUCUUGGGUUUGCUUCUGUUAACAAUGUCCUGGUACGUGCCAAGUUUAAAAGCUUGUCAUGCGGAAGUGUGCCUUGAGCCUAGAAAGAUUCAUGAGAUGAUCUUUUUUAUUGCAAUAUACUUAGUCUCUGUGGGAACUGGAGGGCACAAACCCUCUUUGGAGAGCUUCGGAGCUGACCAGUUUGAUGAUGAUCACAAUGAAGAAAGAAAGAAGAAAAUGUCUUUUUUCAAUUGGUGGAAUUUUGGCCUCUGUUCUGGACUUUUGCUGGGGGUCACUGUUGUUGUUUAUGUGCAAGACCAUGUGAACUGGGGUGCCUCAGAUAUUAUCAUUACAGCAGUUAUGGCUAUCUCGCUACUUAUUUUCAUUAUUGGAAGGCCUUUUUAUCGUUACAGAACGCCCAGUGGAAGCCCCUUGACACCAAUGUUGCAGGUUCUUGUUGCUGCAAUCACCAAAAGAAAUCUGCCUCACCCAUCCAAUCCUAGUCAACUCUAUGAGGGUUCAAAAGCACAAAAGGCCCAGGGGAGGCUUUUGUGCCACACUGACAAGCUCAAGUUUCUUGACAAAGCUGCUAUUGUUGAAGACAAUGAAACUUCAGUUGAGAAGCAAAGUCCCUGGAAACUUGCAACGGUUACCAAAGUUGAGGAAAUGAAGCUCCUACUUAAUAUGAUCCCCAUAUGGCUGGCUACCUUACCAUUUGGAAUUUGUGUAGCACAAGCAUCCACAUUCUUCAUCAAACAAGGUACCACUAUGAACCGAAAGAUCAGUGAUGGAUUCAUGAUCCCUCCAGCCUCAAUAUUCGCUCUGGCUGCCAUUGGAAUGAUCAUAUCUGUCACCGUUUAUGAGAAAAUCCUGGUUCCCAUAUUAAGAAGGGCUACAGAAAACGAGCGAGGCAUAAAAAUCCUCCAGAGGAUUGGCAUUGGAAUGCUUUUCUCAAUUGCUACAAUGGUAGUUGCAGCCUUGGUUGAGAGGAAGAGACUUGCUGCUGUAGAAAAGGAUCCGAAAUUCGGUUCAUUGUCCAUGAGUGUGUUCUGGUUGGCUCCACAGUUUGUUAUUAUUGGUGUUGGCGAUGGGUUUACUUUGGUAGGCUUGCAAGAGUACUUCUAUGACGAAGUUCCUGAUUCCAUGAGAAGUUUAGGCAUUGCAUUCUAUCUUAGUGUAAUUGGAGCAGGAAACUUCCUCAGUAGUCUCUUAAUAACAUUUCUUGAUCAGAUUACAGAGAAAAACGGGAAAAGUUGGUUUGGUAAAGAUUUAAACAGCAGCCGCAUAGACAAUUUCUACUGGCUAUUAGCAGGAAUGACCACAGUGAACUUGUUCUUCUAUGUGUUCUUGGCCAAACGAUAUUCGUACAAAAACGUUCAGAGGAGUAGGGCUGUGGCUGAUUGCUAUGAAGGUGAUAGAUCUAUGGCAGUGGUUUGAUGUGUAUGUCUUUUAUACCAAUAAAAAUGCUGCUAGUGUAUUUAUAAGUAUGGUUUAAAU